AUGUCCAUGAUAGCCAAUAACUACCUAAAUGAUGGACAUCAGCACACAGAGGUCAUAGAGCUCAUGAUUUUAGAAUUCAUAGGAAAACUGUUAGAUUGGUGGAAUAACUGUCUAACAGAAGAGUCUAAAAAAGACAUUAAGCAUGUUGUCCAAAAAGAUGAGGAAGAGAACCCCAUCUUUGACGAACGCAUAGGAAGAGGUGUUCCCGAUGGAGUCAAUAUCCUGAUCUAUACAAUCAUGAAACACUUCGUAGGUAAACCUAGCAACAUCACAUCUAGGAUUUACAACCAGUUGAGUAACCUUAGAUGUAAAAACCUUGGUGAAUACAGGUGGUAUGAAGAUGUGUUUAUCACCAGAGUCAUGCAUAGAAGCGAUUGUAACUCUCCAUUUUGGAAGGAGAAGUUCAUCAAUGGCUUACCCACAUUAUUUGGUGAAAAGGUCAAAGAAACCCUUGCUAGCCCUUUAGGUGUCAUAGAUUAUGAUAACCUAACCUAUGGAGACAUCUCUAGCACAAUCCGAAGUGAAGGAAUGAAGAUGUGUAGAGAUUUGAAAAUCCAAAGCCAAGCCAGCAAGAGCAAAGCCAAGUACGAUGUAGGAAACUUUUGUACACAGUAUGGCUUACCUUCAAUCAUCCCAAAGAGAAAAUCCAAGCAAAGAGGAAAAGAACCCUCUGAGAAAUCCCAUAAGAAGAGAACAGCAUCCAAGUAUUAUAGAAAACAGAAGUUCAAAACAGAUGAUUUCUAUAAGAAAGGAAAAUCCAAGUCCACAGGAAAGUACAUACCUAAAACAUUAGGAAAAUGUUUUAAGUGUGGGAAAAGAGGUCAUUUCCAGAAAGAGUGUAAAGCUAAGGCCAAAUCCUUUAUCAACACCUUUGUUAGUGACCAGGCCAGUAAAGAAGAAAUCUUCAAACUCUUAGAACUUGACCGCUCAGAUAGUGAGUCUCCUAAUAGUUCUAGUGAAGAAGAAAAACAUCAGUUAUAUAGGUCGUCCUCAGAAUCCUCUAGAGUCUCCUCUAGCUCCUCUAGUGGCCCGGAUGAAACCCUAGCUUGCAAAGAUAGUUGUUGUAGGAACAAGACUAUCAAUGUUCUUUCUAAGCAAGAAGAGCUCCUCUUAGAUCUCAUAGAACAGUUUGAAGACCCAAUCAUCAAAGCUCAAUGGCUUAGUGAGUUCCAUAAAACCCUAGUUAAGGAAGCCAGCGCAUCCAGACCUAGGAUUCAGGAACCCAAAGUUUAUUUGGAAAAAAUCUAUAAUAGGUUUACCAAAUCCAAGAAGGAAGUUACCGUCCAAGAUCUCUAG